AGGGCAGGAAGGCAGGCAGGCAGAGGGAGGGAAGGAGGGAAGGAAGGAAGCAGGGAAGGAAGGAAGGAGCCCUGCUGCUUCUCCUUCUCUUUCUCCUUCUGCUUCUUCUUUGCUCCUGGCUCUGCUGGGCGCGGAUGCUGCAGCCCAGAGCCGCCUCUGCUUCGCAGCCUCUUGGCGAGACAUGGAGCCUGGCAGCCCUGGCCCGGAGGCCCUCUGAGCAGCCCAGGGGAUCCACGCGAUCUCCCCUCCCCAAAGCAAGGCAGGAGGCCGGAGGACCCACCCAGCGGACCGGAGGGGGAAACCCACUCGCUCUCUAGGGCCACCCAUCUAGCAGAUCGGAAGGACCGGCUGGAUCUCCUUUCUCUCCCCAGCAAACUGGUGGACCGACUCGCUCUCCCCUCCCAUCCAUCCAUCCACCCAGGAUCCAACCGGAAGACCAAGGGGAUCACUAGCUGUCUUCCCUCCCUACCCCCAAAAAAGGAGGCAGAGGGAUCUGUGUAGGAGAUCGCGGGGACCGGCUGGAUCUCCUUUGUCCCGCCAGCAAACUACUGGACCGACUCGAUCUCCACCACCCAUCUAGUAGAGCAAGGGGGAUCACUCUUUCCCACCCACCCCCAAAAACAAGGAGGCAGAAGGAUCCAUCUAGCACAACGUGGGGACCGACUGGAUCUCUUUUCUUCUAAAGGAAAGGAGGCGAGGAGCCCAUCUAGCAGACCGAGGACCUGACUGGAUCUCUGCUUUUUCUUCCCUGCCAAAAAGAUAAAAUAAAAUAAAAGGGAGGCAGUGAGGAUCCACUAGAUCUCUCUGCCGCAAAAAAAGGAGGGAGGAGAGAGCCACCCUCGUCGCCCAGAGGCUCCGCGAGCCAGGAUCGGCUGGAGAGAAAGAGAAGGAGGAGAAAGAAGGAAAGAGGAAGGAAGGAAGGAAAGGAGGGCGGGAGAGAAGAAGGAGAAGCCUCGCUUUCUUUUAGGCUUCCAGCCCUUGGAGAGAAGGCGAUCCGGGAUUUGGCUGCCGGAGGAGAAAGGGCACACUCUCUCAGCCUCGGGAGGCGAUGCUUGGGAUCCGGGAUCCGGUGUGAAGCAGCCCCGAAGAGGCUCCAGGAGGGAGGUCUCUGGGCCACUUUUGGGGGGAGACACAGGACCCCUUGACCGCCAACUCCUUCCGAGGAAAACUUCUUUCGGGGGGCCUCCAGUGGAUCAUAUACUUCCCCCCCCCCAAAAAAAAGGCAUCCCUCCCCGCCUUGCAUUCCUUUUGGACCGGACUCUCCUUAUGCGGAGCUUGAAGUGACCGGGACCAAGCCCAGGAACUCGGUCUCUCUCUCUCGGUCUCUGAGUCUCUGCAAAGGUCUCCGAUGGCUGCCUCCGGGAGGCGAGGCUGGCUGCAGGGCUGGUGGGCGGCGGGGCUCUGCUUGGCGGCCCUCGGACCCUUCCCAGGCCUCUGGGCUCAGAUGGUGCUGGUCAAUGACACUGUCUCGGGUUUCAUCGGGACCAACGUGAUCCUGCACUGCAGCAUGACCAACCCUUCCCCUAGCGUGAAAAUCACCCAAGUCACCUGGCAGAAAGCCACCAAUGGCUCCAAGCAGAACGUGGCCAUUUUCAACCCCAACAUGGGUGUCUCCAUCUUGGCACCGUACAAAGAGAGAGUGACUUUCCGAGAGCCUUCCACCAAGGACGGGACCAUUCAGCUGUCACGUCUCGAGCUGGACGAUGAAGGCGUUUACAUCUGCGAGUUUGCAACGUUCCCUACUGGCAACCGGGAGAAUCAACUCAACCUCACGGUGUUGGCCAAACCAAUUAACCAGAUGGUGAGAACCACAAGCCCGCUCAUUGCCAGGGCCGGCAUGACCGAGAAGAUCGUGGUGGCCACCUGCACCUCCUCCAAUGGGAAACCUCCCAGCACUGUGACGUGGGACACCAAACUGAAAGGGGAGGCCGAGUUCCAGGAAAUCCGCAACAACAAUGGCACCAUCACCGUCAUCAGCCGCUACCGCCUCCUGCCCAGCCGCGAGGCCCACCGGCAGCAGCUCAUGUGUGUGGUCAACUACCAGCUGGAUCGCUUCACCGACAGCAUGACCCUCAAUGUGCUGUACGAGCCUGAAGUGAGGAUCGAUGGCUUUGAUGGCAACUGGUACCUCAACCGGAAGGAUGUGAAAUUGACAUGUACAUCAGAUGCCAACCCUCCGGCCACCCAGUACCAGUGGAAGUUGGUCCCUCAGACUAAAGUGGGUAUGGAUAGAAUGAAUGGCUCGCUUCCUGACAAUGUGGAGGUUCAGAACAGCACCUUGUUUUUCAAGGGACCAGUGACGUACAACUUGGCAGGGACGUAUGUCUGCGAGGCUACCAACACCAUUGGCACACGGUCUGGCCUGGUGGAAGUUAAUGUCACAGAUAAGCCAUUGCCUCAGGGAGGGGCAGGGGGCAUUUUUGGCAUCUUGGGUGUCGUAAUCGCCGCUGUCCUUAUUGUUGGAGUAGCUGCUACAGUCUUUGUCGUGUACAGGAGACAGCAAAAGAGCCGCACGGAAGCUGACAAUGACCUGAUGGACCUUCCCCCUUCCCAUAAACCUGCUCCCCCACCUCCCAAGCGGAAGCAAGAGUUGAAAAGUCAUCUGACGGCAGAAGAUAUCCAGGUUGUGCAACUGGACAACAUGAAGGAGCCUGAGGAGGAGAUCCAGAAGUUGCCACCACAGCCCCCCUACUACGACAUGGCUGCCACUGAGCCUGCCCCUCAAUCUGACAAGAUGAACUUUAGAAAGUGUCACUCAGAGAUACCGGAUGCGGGUGAUUACCUGACCUGCCAUUACUCCCAUGAAGACCAGUAUCUGACAAAAAUAUCGUAUGUCUAUAGUCCCUUGUCGUAUCUCCCAAAAGACGUCUACUCAUCCAACCAUACCAGCACUUCCUUCUGCUGUCCACCUCCAGGUUCCAGGGCUCCUUACGUAUGUCCCAAGGAACAAUAUGUCUGAAAGAACCACACACAAUCCAGCAAAGGAGAAGAAGGAAAACCCUUCACCCGUCUUUAACUUUCAGAUGUCAGCCAAGGCCUUUUUACCCAUUCACUUUUGUCCAGUGUGUGUAUGUGUGUUUGUGUAUGUAUGUGUGUGAAUGCUAUGUGAUGCCCACCCACACCUCACCCUUGGAUUUCUUAUUUUUACUUUGUUGACGCUGUUGUUGUUAUGUUAUGUUUUGGUGCAUUUGUACUUUCCAUUGUUAGAUUAUGGCUGCAGUCCUAAACAUAUUUACUAGAAAGUAUGCCUCACUGAGCCCGGUGGGAUUUGCAUUUGGGUAAACACAGCUUGACAACAGUUAACAACAACAAACAUGGCUAGGACUGCGCCAUUAGCUUUUGCCUUGUUUGUUAAGGAACAUCCUUCUGUUGAGACAAAACCACUUAUAUCUCCCACGCAUUCCUCAUUCUCUCCCAUCAUUGCCUCUAAUUUUGACCCCUUGAGCCUUCCAUACCAAAACGAUUUUGCGCCUUUGUGCAUCUCUGCACAUACAACACUGCCCUCUCCUGGAUGGAAUGUGUCAGAUGUCACUCAUCGUAUGUCCACCCAUCUGUCUCCCCAUUUACACAAUUUGCACUAUGGUUGAACGUCAAGCUAGCCCUACCCACCUCUUGCUAACACCCAACCCGAAAGGCCGUGCCCUGUUCUUCCUUCCAAAUGCAACACUAUACAUCCCUUGAAGAAACAUGUGUGACUUUGGAGCCCUGAGUCUGCACCCAUUUUUCAUUCGUCCAUGAAAAUGUGAAUCUUGUUUAGAGAAAGGCAACAGGCCACAACAGGAGCUAUGCUGGAUGCAAAGUUUGUCGCAAAGAAAGUUCUGGUGCUUAUAUCCAUGCUAAAGAAAUGACUCCAAGACUUUACCUUUACCCUUACCCAUCCCUAGUUUUAUUUUAUUUUCCCUCCUCCUCCUGUUUAAAUCCAGAGAGCGUUCAAUCCAUGGAGUGUGAACAGAGAAUGUAAGAUGGUAGCUAUGGAUUCUAUGGGGAAAAAACAUUCCUCUAAUCUGGGACCAAAAAGAAAAUCCCUGAAUGAGAAAGCAAAAGGAUAUAGAUGCAUCCUUUGUUUUUUAUUAUUUUGUUUUGUAUUAUUAUUAUUUCUUCUCUCCAAAACGAACAAAAAUCUAACAACCUCUCAGUUUUGCUAUGCACAUUUGUUCGAUUGGGUACCUGAAAUAAAACUCAGGCAGGUGUAAAAGAAUGAUCAUUUCAGGUAACCUCCUUGCUCUUCAAGAAGGAUGAAAGCCAAGACGAGAUUCGGCCUGUGAAAGUAUUUUUAGUUUGGUUUGUUUGCUUUUUAUUGGCGCCAUUAGCUUUUGGGAUGGCAUAUUUAUAUAUUGAACGUACAGGUGCUGUUGAGAUCAUAUGCAUGUUCCUACAACUUCCGAGUGUUAUAGGUAAGAAAAUUCAUCCCCACCUCACCCCUUUGUCCAUGUGCAAUAGGACUGUAUGCAUGGCGGGUGAUGAAGAAGAGAGGGGAGAUGUCUUGGAGAACCAUGAAUGAAAAGGAUAAGCUAUGAUUAAACUCGGACAGUGAGGAAGAAACGAGGAACUGAGAUAUCUUUGCAAACAAAUGUGUCUGCAAUUGAGAUUAUCUCCCUCUCCUGGUUAUGGGAUGAGUUUGGUUUAGCCUUCUGCCCAUGACCCACAUUGGAGCAAUGGGCAUUCAUCCCUAACCUCAAGUAUUCAAUAUUCCCAGGAUGGAGAAGACCCGCCAGAGAAACAAUGUGAUGGAAGAAACCUAGAGUCAAAGUUUAUUUUUGUACAUUUGGUUGGAGAAAGGCUAAUAUUGCUCAAUGCACUUUGGAUCCCCGUGUAUACUUCCAUGCACUUUGGAUCCUCACUUUGGAUUUCACCUUAACCUACAUUCCCCUCCCCUCUCCAUCCUAACUAAGGUUUAGCUUUCUCGGCCCAGCAUUGACACGCAAAGCUAAACUGUGUUCACACUACCUCAGCCAUUUCCUGCGAGCUUAAAGUUGAAAGCCACAAGAUGCCAACCGACGACAGUCUAAUCCAGAGCCAAGAUGGCAGCACUUCCUCUCAACACUGCCAACUUCAGGCAUAGAGCAUGGUCGCCUGAAGCUGAGAUGUCAUUUCCUGCUUGAGGCUGGAAAUGGAUGGGCCAUCAGAGGAAAUGUCGAUAUCAGGACAAAAGGUGCUGUCAGUCACCCCCACAACCACCAUCCCUCUCUUCCUCGAGACCCUCUAUACAGCAAAGCAAAGGGAGCAAAGCACUUCCUCACCCAAAGAUGGCAGUAACAUUUAUUGUCCUAGUGAAGGCUAUGUUGGCCAUAGUGUGGAAUGUUCCUUUUGGGAAGGAGAAAAGGGUUUAUGAAAAUAUGUUAGCACUUUAAAUAUAUGGCCCUGAAUUAAA